AAGUCUAAAAUUCCAUGGCGGGGGUCAUUGCGUGCCGUCUGAUGACGGAAGCUCUCCGCUCACCCAAAGCGAACCGAAACUCGCGACAAACAUGGGAAAACCGAAGCGUGCUGUCCUCGCUGCAGCGCAGGAGUCAGCGACCCCUCCCGACGAGCUUACCGAGACCCAAUUCGUUGCGCGCGUCCAAAAGGCCGAAGGCAACAGCCUUUACACAUGCGAGCUUCCCAACGGAAAGCCUGUCCUCGUCGAGCUCGAGCCAAAGUUUCGGAACACCAUCUUCAUCAGGCGCGGCGGGUAUGUGCUGGUAGAUCUGGCGUCCGCGGCCGAGCGGUCGAAGGCUAGCAAGGUGGUGGGCGAAAUCAUCAACAUCGUGCGCGAAGAGAAGGAGUGGCGAAAGCAGCCUUACUGGCAUGUCCUCCAUGCUUGUCGUAUGCUUCCGAGUCGCCUCUAACAUCGCUGCACA